AUGCUGAAUGCCACCUCAACUCCUGAAUUCAUCCUGCUGGGCUUUCCUGGGCUCCAGAAGUUCUGGUUCCUCUUAUUCAUCUCUUUCUUGACAGCCUACCUCUUCGUACUCCUGGGAAAUGCUUUGAUCAUUCUCAUCACAAACUUGGAUGUGGAUCUGCGCAUCCCUAUGUACUUCUUCCUGAACAAUUUCUCAUUCCUCGAAAUAUGCUAUACCUCAGUCACUGUUCCCCGGCUUCUGGUGGACUUCCUCACUGGCCCCCGUGCCAUCUCCUUCUGGACUUGUAUGACGCAGAUGUAUUUCUUCUUCUUCUUUGGUACCACAGAAUUCCUCCUCUUAGCUACCAUGGCCUAUGACCGGUAUUUAGCCAUCUGCCACCCACUGCAGUACCCAUUGCUCAUGAAUGGCUGUGCUUGUACCAGCCUGGCCUUGGCUUCUUGGCUGAGUGGCUUCCUGACUCCAUUCUUGUCCAUAGCCUCCAUCUCCCAGCUCCCCUUCAACAGCAGCAACCAGAUCAACCACUUUUUCUGUGACACGGGCCCCUUGAUCGAGCUGUCAACUGGUGAUACCUUUUUGGCUGAGACAACAGUUUUUCUUGUCUCUGCAGUGGUUGUGCUCACAUCCUUCCUUCUGACUUUGACGUCUUAUGGUCUCAUCAUUUUUACCAUCUGUCAUAUCCCGUCUGCUUCUGGAAAACACAAGGCGUUCUCCACUUGUUCCAGCCACCUCAUGGUGGUUACCAUCUUCUAUGGCACAGUCAUCUUCAUGUACCUCUGUCCACGUUCUACCCGGUCUUCUGGCAUGGACAAAAUGAUAUCUGUUUUCUAUGCUGUUGUCACUCCAAUGCUGAAUCCUAUCAUUUACACCUUGAGAAACAAAGAUGUAAAAAGAGCUCUGGAGAAAGUUCUCAAUCAAGUAAAGGACAACUGCCUGAAGCACAGAGGGAAGGCUUUCCUCAUGGUAUUGUCAUAAAGCUAAGGAAACAUAAUCCACAGGCUGGAUGAGGGCUGUUCAUUGAAGGUGUUCUCUCACUGAGGAAUUUUGCAAGGCAGAUAUUCAUUGCAUAUGCUUUUUGUUGGUGUUCCAACUACAUCCCCAAGUUCUUCUAAUGGGGCACAGCUGUCAUCUACAAAUGUUAGCAAUAUA